AAACAACAACAAAAUAAAAAAUAUAUACAAACACGAAGGUCUUAAUAAAAUAUAAACAUUCUUAUCAACAAAUUACCACAUGCAGUAGUUAAAGAAAUUUGUUCAAAUAAAAAAACGCCACAAAAUAAUAUAAAAUUAUACAAUAGCCGACUAUUUGCACCUUUUAGCAUGACAAAAAAAAAAAAAAAUUAUUAAACAUUAAACAAUUUAACGGAAGCCUAUAUACAAUUCAGUGGUUAAAGCAGUUUUGGUAUUAGAAGUUUGUUUUAUUCGUGGAUUUUGUUUGAAUAAUCUUUUUGUCUUUUUGGUGUUAAUGUUUAAAUAGCAGAUAUAGCUUCGUGGUUGUUCGUUUGUUUUUCAAAAAAAAAAAAAACACUGUUUACCUUGAUUCUAUUUUUGAGAUUGUGAUUUUGGAGAUAUUUAAGUCAAUUCGUAUGGCAAAGUGAUAAGUAAUUAUACCAACAAAAAUGCUUAUAAAUAGUUCUAAUCAACAUUUUAGUGAAAUAAAAAAUGUCCAAAAAUAAAUAAACUUAAGUGGUUGAGCAGUGAUUUUGCUACUGAUUGGAUGAUAAUACAUUUUUUAAACAUAAUAAAAGUUAAUUUAAAAGUUAUUAAUUAGGUGACCUUGUUAAAAAAAAUGAUUAAUUGAAAACAAAAACGACCAAAUUUACUAUCAUCACACCAGUCAUUAAGAAGAUACAAAAAAACCCUCACCCUAGUGAAAAAUUUUGAAACAAAAAAAAAUAAGUUGCCGAAAAAUUACGCAGCCGACAACCAAAACAAUCAAAAAAAAUUCCCAGACAAAUUUAAGGACCAUCACCUAACAACAAAGGAAAUCUUCAAAAAAAAAAAAAAGGUUUUCAACCCCGAAAACCCUCUCCCUGAUAAAAAAAAUAUAUUCAAACAAAGAAAAAAAAUCACCUUCUUUGUAUUGAUUUUUAAAUAAGAAAAAGUAACUGAAAAAAAAAGAAAUAAAACCACAACAAAAGCUAAAUAACGCUCAUUACAAGUAAUAACAAGACAUCUCUUAGGCUGGUUGUACUGAACAUUUAUUGAAGGUGAACAAAAUACAAAAAAGAAAAACGAACUGAAAAUUAUUAUGAUAAAUGGAUUUAAGAUUAAAUCAAAAGCUUACAAGCACAAAACCACCAAUCUACGUCAUCAUCCCUCAAGACAUCAAAACGUCCUCAUAAUUGUGUCAACCCCACGCCACACCAUCAGCCUCAAACCAGCAACAACAACCCGAAGACAUCAUUUUAAUGAUCUUUCAUAAAUGGAUACAAAAGAACAGCCAUACAAAUACAACAUAAUCGCAUUCACCAUUAGACACUCAGAUACUCAAAUACAUCAUCAGCCACCUCCGCCGCCGCCGCAGAAAUCGCUGCGGGAAAGUAGGCAGCAAAACAACAUUAGUCAAAGUAGUGAAAGUAUCAUCUCCAUUAUUUUCCUAGCAGCCACAACGACGACGGCGACAACAACAACGGCGACAAUUACGACGACGACGAUAACGACGACGUUAGCGAGUGGAAUUGGCAUUAUAGAGGCCGCAAGCGACGACAUAAUCAUUCCUAUUAAAUCACCUACACCCACAGCCAUCAUAUCACCAACCCCACCGCCGCCCCCAUCGCCACCUCUAAGACGACAAAGAUUUCCUCCAUCAUCAGUUGAAGAAAAUUACUUCUGCUGCUGAACGGAAAGCGGAAUCUAUAAAUCACACUGCAGGCGAGCACCACACAUCACGGAAACUCAUAAAAACACAACCAAUCCCACCCAUCGACCAGCCAUGGGGUCGUAAGCGAACGGUCUAAGUGCACAAAGGCAUUAUACCGUACCGCACCACCCUAACCUUGAGAUAUUCCAUCGAACAAAAAAAAACAUAACCCAACUCACUCUUCUCUCUCUGAAUGGAUUCGUUUAGAAUCAGCGAGGACGAGUUCGCCAAUGCCGCCGCCGCAGAGACGCAUCAUUACAACAUAUCCACGCCCUCGCUGGCAUUUCUACUGCAACCCAUCACGACUGCAGUGGACGAGGGCAGGCAGUUACUCGACGAGGAGGAACUAUCACCGCUCCUGGUCUACCCUGCGUCACAUAAUGCGAACUUCACCACCCUUAUCACGUCCAUCACGAACAGCAGUCCUCCAGACUCGACAAGUACGGGCAGUGUCACCAGUGUGGUAUCAAGUUCCCUCGAACCGUUGCUCGAUGGACCGGCGAUUUUCGGCGAAUUCGAUGGCGAAGUCGAACUGCCUCCACUCAAGACCAUCAUUGUUAGUCUCAUUCUGCUCGUCGUGAUUUUGGGCACGGUUGUUGGUAACGUCCUCGUCUGCAUCGCCGUAUGCAUGGUGCGGAAACUGCGACGACCGUGCAAUUACCUUCUAGUAUCCUUAGCUCUCUCCGACCUGUGUGUCGCCGUUCUAGUCAUGCCCACCGCUCUGCUGUAUGAAGUUUUGCAAAAAUGGAAUUAUGGCCCGCUUUUUUGUGACAUUUGGGUGUCGUUUGACGUGCUCUGUUGUACGGCGUCAAUCCUAAACCUGUGCGCCAUCUCAGUGGACCGGUAUUUGGCCAUCACGAAGCCCCUCGAAUAUGGCGUUAAGAGAACGCCUCGACGGAUGAUGCUGUGUGUGGCGCUAGUGUGGUUAGCAGCAGCUUGUAUAUCCCUGCCGCCAUUGCUGAUACUUGGCAACGAACAUAUCGGUGAGAAUGGCGAACCUAUUUGCCGGGUGUGUCAGAAUUUUGCCUAUCAGAUAUACGCCACAGUGGGGUCGUUUUAUUUGCCCCUGUCCGUGAUGCUUUUUGUCUACUAUCAAAUAUUCCGUGCAGCUCGGAGAAUCGUCCGGGAAGAGAAACGUGCUCAAACGCAUCUUCAAAACGCUCUUAAUGGCGCCGCCCAAACUCAACGGCCCGACUUUGACGGACACGUCGGCCCACGGCACAGUGGAAACUCACUUAGUACGUCAACUUGUGGCGGCGGAACCUUAGUUAGCGGCAGUAGUAAUCUGCUAGGCUCACCGCAUCAGAAGAAAUUACGGUUUCAAUUAGCCAAAGAGAAGAAAGCCUCAACUACGUUAGGGAUCAUUAUGUCAGCCUUUACCAUUUGCUGGCUGCCAUUUUUUAUACUCGCACUCAUACGACCGUUUGUCGAGAGUGAAACCAUACACAUACCGGAGGCUCUCUCAUCGUUGUUCCUAUGGCUGGGUUAUGCCAAUUCAUUGUUAAAUCCGAUAAUUUAUGCCACGUUGAAUAGGGAUUUUCGUAAACCGUUCCAGGAGAUUUUGUACUUCCGGUGUUCGUCGUUGAAUACAAUGAUGCGUGAGAAUUAUUAUCAAGAUCAAUAUGGCGAAGCACCAUCGCAAAGGGUUGUACUGGGUAAUGAGGGCCAUGGAGCACGGGAGAGCUUCCUCUGAAAGUCGAUGUAGGACUUAUUUUCUUAGGACUGAAUGUAAGUGAGAGGGGAAAUUGGGCGGGAAAACUAAAUUAUUUUUUAUUAUUUAUAAGAUAAAAAUAUAUGUAUAAUAUUUCGGAUAUAUCUGAUAUAUUUAUAAAGAUACAAAAAAAAAAACAAAGGCGUGCUAACAAAUCAU